AUUUAAAUAAUAGAAUAAUAAAAUGAAGAUAUAUUUGUUUUUAGUUUUGGUAUUUUCACUUCUAACUUUUUCAAACUCAUUAGAUAUAAAUGGGUUUUAUUCUAAACCUAGAGAAUGGCAAUUUAUAACUAAAUUUUGUUUUCAAGAGAAUGGAGGCCAAAUAGUAAUGAGAUUUUUCAACUCUUUUUCAAAAAAUACUAAAUUAUAUUUAUAUUCUGAUAGAAAUCCAAAUUACCAAAGAUUAUUAGAUGAUAUGCAUGGAAAUAAAUAUUCUUGUCAGGAAAAGGUAUCAUGGAGUAAUUAUUCAUUCUCACCUUUUGAUAUUAAAGAUGAUCAAGGCCCAUUUGAUUCUCAUAUGCAAGUAAAAGAAGUUACCCAACAAAGAGAUCGUUUUUGGGUUAUUGGUAUUGCUGAUUGUGAUUCAAAAUCAACAAGCAAAUAUUAUGCCCAAUAUUACUUCACUCUUUUAAACAACGGAGAUAAAAUCGAUAGUGUAUUAUCUGCAGAUCAACAAUCAAUUCCUCAAUCCCACAUGUUUUUCUUUUUAUUAUACAUAAUUUUAUUUGUAACUUCAAUUGUAUUUACUAUUAUACUCAAGAGAAAAGGUUUAGAACCAAAAGUAGUUUUAUUCUUUUCAUUAGUUGUAUUUAUUCAUUUGGCUUCAAUAAUAUUGUUUUUAACCAACUGGGCAAAUCUUAUAAGACAUCAAACUGAAAUUAAAUUGGCAAAUCUAUUUGGUAACUGUUUUAAUAUUUUGGGAAAUUGUAUUUUUAUUUUAUUAUUAUUGAUGGUUGGUCAAGGAUAUACUACAAGUAUCUACUAUGGUUCAGUCAUUAAAAAAAUAGUAAAUGUAGCUGUGGUUUCACUUAUUUUUGUAUUAAGCAUAAUUAUCUAUGUAUGCUACAUAUAUAAAUUGCCAGAUUAUAAUAAUUAUGUAUACUUUUUGGAUACAAUUUCAGGAUACGUUUGUCUCAGCUUUUAUGUAAUAAUCAUAUUCUACUUUAUUAUAGGUAAUCUAAUUGCUGGUUCAAAACAAAACGAUCCAUUAAAAAAGAAAUUUAUAAAGAUAUUUACCUUUAUAUUUUGUGUAUGGUUAAUUGCACAACCACUAGUAGUUUUGGCCGCUCAUUUUACAGAACCAUGGGUAAAAUAUAAAGUAAUUACAAUAUUAAAUUUAGUAAUCAAUUCAAUUUUCUUUAUUGUAUUUUUAGUAAUGUUCAGACCAACACAAAAUAACCUUGUAGUCAAAAUUUUGCAACAUGAUGAAAAAUUAGGUGAUAAUCCAUUGCAAAUAAGAGAUGGUUAUGAAUUUAAUUAAUUUAAAAGAAAUAUAAAUAUAUAAAAAAUAUAAUAAAAAAAAGAUAAAAUUAUUUU